AUGGACGACCACAGGAUACCCGACAUCAUGGACACCAUGUACUACAUUCCAGACUUCGUCACACCGGAGGAAGAGCGAUACAUACUUGGGAAGAUCCCGUCAAAUCGUUGGACCUCGCUCACACAUCGCCGCCUGCAAGCUGUUCCCACAACCCUUACGGCCAACAAUACCUUAUUGGCUUCAGCACUGCCAACAUGGCUGACGGAACCCAUUCUACCUCGCUUUAAAGCUUUAGGGCUCUUCGCAGGUGCUCCACACGGUGUGAACCACUGCCUGGUCAAUGAGUAUCUGCCGGGACAGGGUAUCAUGCCGCAUGAAGAUGGGGCAGCCUACCACCCUAUCGUGGCCACAGUCAGCCUGGGUGGGACGGUCGUCUUGGACGUCACAGAGAAGGAUGGCCAAGGCAAGUGGAGGAUCGUACAGGAACCUCGAAGUCUCCUUGUCACGACUGGCAAGGCGUACUCCGACACUUUGCACGGCAUUCGAGAGGUCUUCACCGAUGAGGAGCUGCACCACGACACUAUUGCAAACUGGGAUCUGUUAGGGGAUAGAGAGGCCAUUGCUGCCAACGGAGGGAGGAACGAGCGAACGACGAGAAUCAGCUUGACAUUCAGAGAUGUAAAGAAGGUCUCGUCGAUCGGAAGUAGGCUACUUGGAAAGGGGCGGAGUUGA